AUGCCAGACGACCAGGCAGUUUCCUCCCUGUCCAUGAAGCUAGAUUGCGUACUAGAUUCGAGAACCUUGAGGUUCAACUCCAACAGCAGAAUCUCCUCCAGUGCAUGUUCAUCCAAGUUCCUAGCGAAUGGAACGUUUGAGGGUGGCUACAUCCUCCAAAAUAUCGAAGACCCCGACUUGCCUCAAAUGGUGGGCGAAUUCUCACUUACUGACUCUACAGACGGUAUUACAAACCACAUUUCAAUUAGUAAAGACGACAGGGAGCUUAUCAUCGCUUCCAAUGAUGCAAAUAUCCGGAUUGUGGAUUUGGCGACCGGAAAAAACCAAGAAGUCCAAUUGCCUCUAGCAAUCAACUGCCUUGCAAUUAACCCACACAAUCCAAAUGAAUACUUCGUUGCUGCAGACGACGUCAACAAUUAUAUUCUUGACCGAAGAGAGCUCAACUCAAAACAGCUUAACCACUUUUCCGCUUUCAAAGGACAUUCAGAUUAUGGCUUUGGUUGCGAUUGGUCACCAGCAGACGAGAAUCUUCUUCUUUCAGGAAAUCAAGAUGGAACGGUCAGACUUUGGGACCGUCGAAUGCCCGAUGCAAGCAUAUUUGGCUGGAGCAGUGCAUUGGGUUCUGACGCAUUCGACAUUGAUGGUCUGAUUGGUGGAGGUCCCGUGAGAAACUGUAAGUUCAGUUACCACGGAAGACACCUUGUGUGGGCCGAGAGUUUAGACCACGUUGGAAUCAUGAAGGUCGGUGACUUGAGGACAGACUGCGAGCUAGUUCAUUCUCGGGUCCAAUCUAUUGACUUCAUAGGAAAGUGCAUUGGACUCAACGUGUGUCCACAAGACUCCGGCUACGGCGAGCAACUCAUAAUUGGAGUCAACGAUUGUCCAUUAGGCGGGAUUCUCAACUACCAGCUUGAGUCCACAGAUAAGCCUUUAGAUUUUGACUUCAGCUUUUAA